UGCUAGGCAGAAAGUAAGAAACCUCAUAUUCCCUCAAGUCAUUUUGCUUUCAAUUAACGCGAGAAUAACUCAAUUAGGCAGGCAGGCGCAGAUAGCCCGGCUGCUGCUGCUGCUCCUGGGGUUGCACGCGGCGUAGCAUAUAAAAGCGCUUAUCCUGGCAGACACAAAUCACACUUCGACUUCAACAGUCAACGACAGCAAACAGCAACAGCAGCAGCAGCAGCAGUAGCAGUAGUCACGCCACUAAAAGAUUAUACAAUGGCCGCACUUAGAUGUACACUCACUUUGCUAUUGGUCACCAUCAUUGUGGCGGCGAUUCUGUUGCACGGCAGCGAGGCAGCCUACAGGAAGCCACCAUUCAAUGGCAGCAUCUUUGGCAAACGCAAUGCUUUGGAUUAUGACAAUGCGAAGGCAAUGAACGCCGUUUGCGAGGUGGCCAUGGAGGCGUGUCAAAGCUGGUUUCCACAGAACGAUAGCAAAUAGGAGCAAGCCCUGAGACUGAUCUUAAAGCACACUAAAACUAAAUUAUACUGCAGCUGUCAAAUCACAAGUAGCGACUAAACAUACAAAUAUGAAAUCAAUUACACGUAAAAAGCAUUGUAUAAAAUGUAUUAGUUAAGUCGUCCAUACACAUAACUUACAAUAUCUAACACAUAUAUAA